GUUCUAGUUGGCUUUGCUAUCCCAGGUUGUCUUCCCCAAACUUCCGAAAAAUCGACAUUUUUGACAAUUCUCAUGCGAUGGUUUUCAAACCUGUUCUGACCGAAUCGGACUUUGACGAUCCCAAGUUUGAUUACGUGGUGAGUCUCCAAAGAGGCGAAAAAUUAUGUUUCGGCUCGAAACUGCCCAGGUACACGGGCCUCAUAGGAAGAGGACUGUCACCGCAUCAGUUGAGGCUAGCACCGGAACUUUUCUGGAAAACUGGACCAGGAUGUUACCAUACUGAAGAAUGCAGUUCCGCAAUGUACGAAGUAUUGAAUAAGGUUCGAAGCAAAGCAGGAGUCGGUCCCCUGGCCAGCAAGGACAACAGAUUCAAAACGAAAAUACGUUUCAGAACCCCCUCCCCAGGUAGGUACCAACCCCCCGUACCCUCGUGGAAACUGCCCAAGAGAAAUUUUGCUCCCUUCAACAACAGCAGCAAAGUAAGAGAAAUGAAAGUCAGCAGCACUCCUGGUCCGCUAACAUACGACAUUCGAAAGGUGUCCAAGUGCAGAAGAAUGAGGUACAUGAGCAAUUUCGGUAGACCGACAAUGGUACCGUGUGUGGAACUGAUUUGUGUUGUCAAACCCACGGACACGUGUCAAAAGUGCCAGAAUCUGUGCGAAGGGGACUACUGGCACUUGAACCAUGAAACGUUUUUGUGUCAACUCUGUUGGUUCAAUGAAAAGAUUCAUAAAACACUUUAUAAUGAGAACGAUUUCGGAGAGUUCAAGAAGAUCAGGAAUUGUUCAUUCAUGCACAGUCACGAGAAGACGAAUGCUGCCUUAAGAAUCCUGCCACAGAACAAAAUAAACAAAAAAGUCCGUCUAGAGAAUUAUUUGGAUCUUUAUAUCAAGUGCUGAUUGUAUGAAAAUAAAAGGAAUCAUUGGCGUGUU